UGGGAAGCGUGCAUGAAGCUAAACAACCCACUGGGAGGAGGGAAGAUGAGUCCAACAGGCUGAGAGCUGCAAAGCUGCUGCUUGUGGCGCUCCAUAUCCGGCUGGAGCAAAGAAAAACAGGAUGAAGCUGCUGCGGGUGCUACCUCAAUGUUGUCUGCGCCUUGCUGAUUAGUCCAGGGGAGCAACAGCACGGAGAGAGCCCCGACACAGCGGCAGCUGAAAAAGCAGAAGCUCCCACAAGGCAGAUCCACCCCAGUCAUGAGCACCCUCUACUUGUGGGAUCAGCUGCGAGCCGGCAGCUCCGAGGUAGACUGGUGCGAAGAUAACUACACUAUCGUGCCCACGAUAGCCGAGUUCUAUAACACGAUAAGCAACAUCUUGUUUUUUGUUUUACCACCCAUAUGUAUGUGCUUAUUUCGUCAAUAUGCAACCUGCUUCAACAGUGGAAUAUACUUAAUAUGGACUCUGCUAGUUGUUGUUGGCAUUGGAUCUGUCUAUUUCCAUGCUACACUCAGUUUCCUGGGUCAGAUGCUAGAUGAGCUGGCUAUUCUUUGGGUCCUGAUGUGUGCUCUGGCCAUGUGGUUCCCCAGAAGAUACCUCCCAAAAGUUUUUCGAAAUGACAGGGCAAGGUUUAAAGCUGCAGUCGGUGUCCUUUCUGGAGUUACUACAUGCCUGGCAUUCAUUAAGCCUGCUAUCAACAACAUCUCAUUAAUGACACUAGGUGUCCCCUGCACAGCUCUGCUUAUUGCUGAGUUGAAGAGGUGUGAAAAUUUGCGUGUGUACAAGCUGGGCCUCUUUUCAGGUCUUUGGUGGAUGUUAGCACUUUUCUGCUGGAUCAGUGACAAAGCAUUUUGUGAGAUCUGGUCUUCAUUUAACUUUCCGUAUUUGCACUGUGUAUGGCACAUUCUCAUUUGCCUUGCUGCUUAUCUAGGCUGUGUCUGUUUUGCCUACUUCGAUGCUGCCUCCGAGAUCCCUGAACAGGGCCCUGUCAUAAAGUUCUGGCCCAGUGAAAAAUGGGCUUUCAUUGGUGUCCCCUAUGUCACCCUCCUCUGCGCACAUAAGAAAUCACCUGUGAAGAUUACAUGAAAUCAAGCACCUAGUGGAGGGGACAAUCUAUUUAUUUUUUCAUCACAGACUGUACUUAGGUCAAGGUAGUGGCUAGGGUUGUUUUUUCUGACUUCUAUGCAUAUGGUAUUCACAAGUGUUUUGUUAAUACAUAGUAAAAUAUGACCUUUCCUCACUUUUCUGGAGAGGAGGCCAGAAGGUUUAUUGUGGUGCUCCUGAACAUUUAUAUUAGAACUCUGUAUUGACACUGGUUGGGUUUGUUUUGCACUCUGUUUUUGAUGUAGCAUCCAUCAUGGUAUACCGGUAAUUCUUUCCAAAUAUCAAAGUUAAGGCUAUUUUUCAAGGUUGGCCAAAACUGCUGACUGUAAGAGACUGAUUCUCUUUUCAUGUUGGUUCUGCCAGAGCUCUAUUUAGUGAAGGAACAGUGAGGGGGACAAAGGUGCCUUUAAGCCAUCUUUGUGCCUCCUCUAUUCUGUGCCCAGCUCCGAGUAUACGUUAGAGCAAUCUUGAGCGUACUUUAAUUUGCACCUGGAUGCAUUUAGCCAUAAGUUGUCAUGGUGGUAUUCCAGCGAUGUUUUUUUCCAAAGUCAUGUCUCCACAUAUGGACUGCAGAGGGGGGUAGUGUAGAGCCAUUGUGGCAGCUCUGCACUGCAUGGGAAAUUCCCCAGUUGCUAAAUACAUUAGCAGAGCUGCAGAAGAGGAUGGCAACAAAGGAAAAUCGGACCCAGAAUUGUUACACUGGUAUAAAACAAGAGUAAGUGAGACAAGGAACAGGCCUUAAAUCCAAAUAAGAAAUUCAGGAACCCUAAAUUCCUAAUGUUUUCCUCAAACAGUUCAGAAUGGAAUGACGGUGUCUUUUGGCUAAAUUAUCUACAGGAUGCUAAUGAGUAUCAGCUUGUGUGGUGUGUAGCGGAACCUGGUAGCCAUUACAAACGUAUUUAAAAAUGUAUAUAUUCCCAAUAAGCAUAUGAAGAUGGUUAUAAAAAUCCCCUUCUAUCUCUGGGCUUAAACUUUACCACAUCUGGAGAAAAAAGAUUAAAGGGUGAGACUUUCAAAAGCAUUUGAUAUUGGCCUAACUGCUCCCACAAAAUUAUAUGGGAGUUGUACCAAUAACUUCAAUGGGAGCAGUGUUCAGCCAAUACUGAGCAGUUUUGAAAAUCCCACCCUAAACUAUUAACACUAAAAUUUGGAUUAAACUAUUAAUAAAUAAAACAAAACCUUAGACUCCAAGUCCAGUUGGUGAGAGUUGGUUUCUGACUAAAGCCUUUCAAGUAGAAAUGAAGCAGUUGUAUCCUAAUGCCCUAGUAGUUGUAUUUAGUAAAGGUAAAUGACAACUUAAAAUCAUAUUUAGGGCCUGCAUGUCCUUCCAAUAAGCAGUGAAGUUUAAAACUUCAAUGAUUACAUUCUUUGAAGGAAUGUGUGGUAUAAUUUUUGCCAUUUGUAUCAACCUGUCUUGUAAAACAUUAGGGACAGUCCAAAGGGGUUGUAUCUGAAUCCAGUUUGGUUUUAAGGCUGCUGUUUGGUUUUGACUCCUAGUUAGGGCUAUGGUUGAAAGUCACUUGCACUGAAAUAUUGCAAGCUGUUUUCACAAGUUUUUAGGACAAAAUGAUGCAAGGAAGGAGUCACUGAUUUUCUGAGACUUCUACCAUCUUUAACUAUUGUGAUCAGCUGUUCUUGAGAGAGAAGGACCUUACUGUUUGAGAUUCAAAUCAAUACCAAAACUAGGGGUGGGGCUUCAAGGAAUUGGAUUUGAGGUUCUGGUUAUGACCUGCCUCUCUAAAAUAUUUAACUUCUAAGCAAUAUCUUACUUUGUCACCAAUACUAGGCUCCAAUGUGAAAUAAUCUCUAAUGUAAUAUAGAAAGUUCCCCUCCAUUUAAAAUAUAUAUUGCUACUUGCAGUGAUAAAAGUUGAUCCUUAGUUUUACAAUAUAUAUUUUGAAAAAUCAAACUGAAGUGCUCAUACAACAUUAGUUUAUUCCAGUUUGUUAAAUAUGCAAAUAUAAUAAUUGUUAUAGCUGUAAUAAUUAUGCUUUUCCAGUUAGCUGAGGCCUUUAUUGCUUUACUUGGGAUGAAUUUGGGAGUUGUGAAUGUUACCUAGAUUUUGGUCUGUAUAUAGCCUCAGGGAUAUUUCUGUUUUAACCUUAUUCUAACACCUAACACUUAAUUUGGAUUAGAUGGGAAGUGUGUUGUGUGGUUUUAGGAAGCAAGGCAUGGUAACUUACGACAAGUGUUCCAGAGCUCUUUGGUGGAACCAACUCUUCAAUAUCACAUACUGAGGGCCUGAUUCUUUGCUAUCUUAUAUCAGUGUUGGCUCCAUUGGUUUCAGUGGAGUCACUUCUGACCACACCGGUGUAAGCAAGAGGAGAACUGGGUCCUGGAACUUUAAGCAUUCUCUUACACUUGGCUGCUGUGGUCACAGAAAUGUACUUUAUAACAGUUUUUACUUGAGAAUAUGCUACUGAGAGAUGAAAACCCAGAUCCUCUGCUAUGGAAUGGUGCAGCUCUUGUGGAGCAGGGGCAAGGGAGGAUGUGCAAAGAUCUGCGCCCCCAGUGCUGGUCUGGGUGUAUGUUGGUCUGGCCCCCUGGUGUAGCUUAAGUCAGCUGGGUGUAGAGAAGCCUCAGCUAAACCCUGUAUCCCAACAGCAGGGAGGGGAAGGAGGGUGAAGGAGCCACUACCUUGGAUCUACAGCAGCAGAGGGUUCCCAUAUACGAGGCUGUACCUCCCUUUGUCAGCUAUGCUAGACUUAGGGCCAAAAUCUGCCUGUGGUGAAGUGAAUAUUGUACACUGGAGGGUCUGAUACAAAUAGUCCUGUAGAAAAACAUAGACCAUUUCAGCCCAAAUGCUACUGCAUUCUUUAUUACAGAAAUACAAAGGGAGGAAGCAUCCCCAAAGUCUGAAGAAAGUGAUAUGUCACACUAGAUUGAUCAGCCCUUCCCAUUUCAAGGGCCACUGUCUGUGCCAGAAUAAACACAUUCUUCUAUUUAUUAGAACAUGGUUCUAGAGGAAAGACAAAUAUAACACGGUAUGAACCAAAUCGUACUCUGCCCCAAUGAACACGUUAGUUUAAUUGGAAAAAUCAUUAGUGACUAAGGGGAUGAAAAGACACAGCCUGAUUCUUAACUGCCCUGCACCUUGUGUUGUUAUUUCCACCAGUGCAAAGUGCUACCAAAGCACUGCUAUCAAUGACCACAUGAGAUACAGGGCAGUUGAGAAGCAGACACCUUAAAGCCAUAAACUCUUUCCCCAUUAGUGACUCUUUCAAUCUUCUUAAAUUACAGUGGGGUUUUUUCUCUCUCUCUCCUUGCAGUUUUCAGAGUAGCAGCCGUGUUAGUCUGUAUCCGCAAAAGGAACAGGAGUACUUGUGACACCUUAGAGACUAACAAAUUUAU